AUGGCGUCCGGCAACCGAGUGCCCGAGGGCUACAGCACGCUCACCCCAAUCGUGCAGACGCCCAUCUCGGAUGUGCUGUCGAUGCCGUUGUCUCAACAGGGCCGCAACUGCGGCUUCUUCGAAGGGCAAUUCUGGCGGUGCAUGGAGGCGUACGGGGCCAAGCUCGGCCGCAAGUACUGCGAUCUCGAGAAUAGGGACUACCGCGAGUGCAUGACGAACGAGAAGCAGGUGAAGCGGGCCGAGGCCAUCCGUGCGCAGCGCGAGAAGCUGUACCGGGAGGGAAAGCUUGAUAAGGCUUACGAGGAGAACCAUCCACAACCCGGCCAGCUGCACCCCGACUACUUCCAGUGGAGCCGCAUCUAC